UUCUGUCAAGGCUGUCAAUUGGAUUUGUCAGUUCUUCACCCUAAUACUGAGUUGUUUUAAUUUUUUUGAUUUCUUUUCUCAAUAAAGAAAUUUAGUGCGUAUACAAAUAACUUAAAUCUGUACAUUGUAAUUAAACUGUCUGUUACAUUUGUUAUAGUGUUGGGGAAUUAAUAUGACUUUAGUGUGUCUGCGAUUUUUACUUUUUAUCGAAUAUUAUCAGUAGGGCAUAGUAUUUGAGGUUUAUUUACUAUAUUUAUUUCUUGAUAACGAUGCUUCCAUCGAAUUCCAAUAUAUCUAGUGACUAGUAGGCAUUUUUGUAUAAAAAUGAUUUAAAUAGUGUUAACAGGAUAUCUGAUGAUCACAGUGUCAUGAUGCACAUGUGGAUGUGGUUCGGCUACGACCUGGGCGAGUUCCUCUUCCCCGGACUCGAAGUCAGCUCGCGCUGGGCCUUCGCCCUCACCUGGAUAGUGCUGUUCUUCGUCGCCUUCCUCUUUGAAGGCUCCAAGGUGUACCUUGCGAAGGUGCAACGUGAGGGUCAUAAGAAGCUGUACCCUUACAGGUCAGAUGAGAGGAGGAACCUAUUAUGUGAUCGACCCCCCAAGUGUGCCGACCCACUUUUCACACAUCGUCGCGGGUCGACGGUGGCCGAGCAGGGCGGCGCGAUGGAGCCGACGACGAGCCGCAACGCUAGCACCGGUCAAGUCAGCCGCUGGGCCUCGCUGCGAGUGCGCGUGGCGGUGACACUGCAGCAGUCGGCAGUGUUCAUCUUACACAACACGGUGGGCUACCUGCUGAUGCUGGCGGUCAUGUUGUACAACGUGCACCUACUGCUCGCUGUCGUCUUCGGCAUGAUGCUGGGCUACUUCCUGUUCGGUACAAAACUGACGCGGCUCCAGAUGCAGUGCUUCCGCACUAAGCGCGUCGUCAUCUGCACUCCGGAGUGUGACGACACCGCUGAUAAUACUACGCCGCCUUUAUUAAACACAUCAACGGACUCAGAAGCCGACUUCUUUAUUUGCCGCACGCGCACCUGCAUACAACCUUCCCACUACUUCCCUGCGAGCACUUCCAGAGAUUCUUCCAACGAGCUUGCAAACGCUACAUGUUAUUACGGCGCCAAAAAAUGCCCUUCAAAAGUCGCCAGAGCCAAAAAGAUCCAAGCGAUCGCUCAAACGCACUGCCAUCACACAGAGAGUGAAAAAGAAGAUAGCCCUAGCGUAGAAGAUGUGCAACUACUGAGAACGGAACGUCAAGGAUGUUGCAAGAAGAAGCAGGAGCCGCCUCCCGAGGAGAAGUGCUGCAAGUCUCAGAGCGAGGUCCCUGAACCGAGUCAGUCAUGCUGCCAGAAGACUGAGAGUCAGGAGAAGGUGGCGCGCGAGGACAGCCCCCACAUCACCUGCUGCCACGGACAUAAGUCAGCCAGCACUGACAGCCAGGAACAAAUUAUGAACCAAUGACAUUUUAACUUUUUAAAGAUUUGGCGAGGCUCAAAAUUAGACAAUAAAAGAUAACCGCUUAGAUUUUUUUAAUCUGUUCAUGUCAAAUACACGCCAAGUACCAGAAUUAAAUUUCAAGAUUCAACGCAAUGAAAUUGGAAUUUUUGUUUAUUCGGUUUAAAUAAGUUGUUGAUAUUUGGCGUGCAUGUGACAUAAAAUAUAGCAAUAUUAAAAGUUUGCCUAAAAACAUAUUUGUUUGUAAAUUAUUAAUGUUGAAGAAUAAUAUUUUUAUAGAUAUUUUUGCGUGUGUAGAAGUCAGGGAUUGAGAACAAACUUUUAGGUUAUUUAGAAUUAGACAUAUCAUAGAAUGUUGUUUUAGUUCCCUAGUGUUGUAUGUUUGUAGUUAUUUUAUUUAGUUUGCUCAAAACGAAUACGUAAAUUUGCUUAUGACUUAGUCAAUGCGGCUCCUAAUGAAGAAACUCCUUUCAUCGAUUUAUUCGACAUUUAGAGUAAUUUUAAUUUAACAUGACAUAGUAAUAAUAUUUUGCGGGUGUUCCCAGGUCCUAAUUUGCCAUUAGAUUCCUACUGAAAGCUUCCAAUGUUUAGUCCUAUCUUGCGAGUAUAUUAGAGAAUUUAUUUUUAUAAUUUGUGCAUAUAGCUUAAAUUGUGUUGCCAUGUGCCAAAAAAAUAAAAUUGAAAUUAUUAUUUACGGUUUUUUACUAUAUAGCCUAGUGUUGUUAUUGUAAUAAAUUGGUUACGACUCGUUUUCAA